AUGCAAAAGAAGAAUACGACAGAGUGUUCGAAGAAUCCCGGGCCAAUAAUAAGGAAUUUGAAUGAGGCCCGCGCUGCGGAGAGGAAUGUGUGCGCCACAGACAAAACGAUCACAUGCGGACCAACUCGCGGGUUGAGUGCUCUGUUUGUAGAUGGUAAUAGUUUUAUUAACGUCAUGAAACUAUAGAAUCAUUUAAUUGUCCUUUCCAUAGUUCAGCAUUGCGGUGAGUUUCACAAUAAAUUAUGUAUCCUAUUGAAUUUGCUUUGUUUUCGAAAGCAUUCCGGAGAACCUCCGCGGGUAUCUUGCGUUUGCACCCGUUGCUACGUUGCUGACGCGCUAUACCUUGUCAUGCUUCAAGUUUUAUUGACGUGGUUUCCCAAUAGGUAAAUAUUUUCUUUACGUGACUGAUUGCCUAUUUAACACUGAUUGUCGCCAUUUUCGUCUUUUUCUGAUAUGAUAGAGUUUUUGCAGCGGUUCUACCAGUUUUUGA